UAUAGCUUUUUUUCCACACAGCUGCUUCUCUAAACUUCCUGAGUUGGCUGCUUGUGUGUCUGUUUGCUUUGCCAGGAUCACUCAGGGGCUCUGAGACAGGAUGCCUGUGGUCCCUGAUGGAAAUAGUAUGUUAUUCUCAUCAUGUUGAAUAAGAGCCACUGGUUUGUUUUUGAGCAAUAGGCGUUGACUGUCCGAGUGUCAAACUGAAUAAAUACUGUGUGUCAGUACCACUGGCCAGUUACCACGACUUCUACGGAACCAUGCUCCAUUUUAGCCCCACACUCGCACUGGCAGCGAGCUUUAUGCUACUAAUUCCAGUUGUUGCUACAGAGACGGUUGUCACUUGUAUCGACGACGCUGUCCAACGCCUGAGCUGUGACACUGGCGUGAUCAGGGUGCAGGAGGCAUUCUAUGGACGUGCAGACACUGACACCUGCAGUGAGGGAAGACCUCAGAGUCAGCUCGCCAAUACAAAAUGCUCUCAAGACGGCACAGCAGAGGUCCUCAAGAGAAGGUGUGAUGGGAGAAGGGUGUGUGAAGUAAGCGUGAAUGCUUUCGGAACACCAGAUCCCUGCGUGGGCACCUUUAAAUAUCUACAGACCAGUUUCACCUGCCUUCCCGCAAUUCACCACAUGACGUGUGAGCACUCUUUGGCCCACCUGCAAUGUGAUCAAGGUCUGAUUAUAUCCGUCUAUGGUGCCACUUAUGGACGCCAUGACCAGAGCGCAUGCGCCUACCGACGGCCUGCCGCUGAGACCCUAAAUACGGACUGCUCGCGCCCCAGCACCAGCGUGGUCUCUGAAAGCUGCAAUGGGAAAAACAGCUGUAUUAUCACAGUGAGCAACUCAGUGUUUGGAGACCCCUGUUACGGAACUUACAAGUACCUAGAAGUGGCUUACGUAUGUGAAUAUCCAACUACCAAUCCAGAGGAGUCCCUUUAAACAUGCUGUAACCAAGACAAUCACUAUAAACAUGAAAUAAAUCAAAUUAUAUUUGGCUGGUUACGCUAUAUAUGAUGCACAAUCUGGAAUAGGGAAAACGGAUUCCUACCAAUACACUUAUAUAACUUCCAAAUUCAAUAUUUUAUCUUUUUUCCUGCAGAUUCUUAGGUCCCUCCAGCAGAGCUUUCAGAACAUUAACUUUUGUCUAUACCAAUAAAGAUGCAUUUAAUCAAA